AUGAAAAAACAUAAGAAAGUUGGGAACACUGAAAAGAAAAGAAUAAAGUGGGAUGAAACUGUUAUUAGAGAACAUGAUAAAGAAAGAGGAACAAGAAAUAAAAUAGAUGAGCCUAAAACUCCUUUUCAUUAUAUGGAUAGUGAACAAUCAGAAGAAGCAGAAGAGCAAAAUAUUGAUUUGUCAGAUCUUGCAUCCAAACUUGAAAAUCAUAUAAGCAAAGAAGAGUUUAAAAUAAAGAGAAGGGAACACUACAACGAAUUCAAAAAAAUGCAAGAAAUGAGGCAAAAGAUUCAUGAGGAGGAAGAAGAGGAAGAAAAAGAAGACAAAGAAGACAAAGAAGAGGUGGAAGAAACUAAAUGUGACUAA